AUGUCUUCUACAGCUCGUCCGACCACCUGGCUCGUCACCGGUGCCAACCGCGGCAUCGGCCUCGAGCUCGUCCGCCAGCUCCUGAGCUCCCCGUCCAAUCUCGUCGUCGCCGCCUGCCGUACCCCCGACAAAGCAUCCGCGCUCACGGACCUCAAGAAAGGCGCAAAGGGCUCGCUGCACGUUGUACAGCUCGACGUCUCCGACUUCGACAACAUCCGCGCGCUCCCCGCGCAGCUCGCGCCCAUCCUCGGGUCCACAGGGCUCGACUACCUCAUCAGCAACGCUGGCAUCUGGGUCGACGACACAGCAUUCACCCUCGACCCCGACACGCUCCUCACGCUCGUACGCACGAACGCCGCGGGGCCCGCACUCCUCACGCAAGUCGUGCUCCCCUUUCUCUUUGCAGCGCCGACGAAGAAGGUGCUGCACAUCUCGAGCACGGGGGGCAGCAUCGGGAGCGUCGCGCAGAUCCCGCAGGAGUUCGCGCGCCUCGCGUCGUACCCGAUAUCCAAGGCUGCACUGAAUAUGCUCGUUGCUAAGCAGAAGGUGGAGCGGCCGGACAUCACAUUUAUCGCGCUGUGCCCGGGGUGGGUCCAGACGGACAUGGGCGGCGAAGGCGCGGUUUUGACGCCGGAGCAGAGCGUCGCUGGUAUUCUCAAGGUGAUCACGACCGCGAUCAAGGAGGAUAGCGGCAAGUUCCUCCGCUUCGACGGGGCGAGCGUUCCAUGGUAA